AUGUCUCCAGGGACGCUCCAGCCUACGGAGGUGAAGACUAAGCAGCCGCUGGAUGUGAGUGCUGACCACUUGGGGGACAGGGAGGCCCAGGAGAUCCCCCCUCUGAAGAACUAUGUCUACCUUACCAUCCUCACCUGCUUCUGCCCAGCCUGGCCUGUCAACAUCGUGGCUCUGGUCUUCUCUGUACUGGUGAGCCUGAUCAAUGAUAUGUGACCUCUUUUAUUUCUGGAUAUUGUUUAGAUAUUGAGGACUGGUUAUUUUGACUGUGUUUAAAAAUGUUUAUUGAAAAACAUUGAUAAUUUCAUUAGCAGUAUAAUAUCAUGAAUGAAAUCUCAGCCAUGACAUCUCUUCAUGGUCGUUUUGUGGUACAACAGUUGAAUUGAAAUUAUAUAUGCUGUUCUGUGUGAUGCACCUGUCUCAGUGAAAGUGUGUCAGUGGUGUAUGAUCACUGAAUGGCUAAUGAGUCAGUGUGCCUGUGAACUUCAGUCUCAUGAGUUACAAAAAUAGCCUGUCCACCUCUUUGAACCCCCGUCUGCAUCACACACACGUACACAUAAUGCUGAUGAUGUGUGCUCGGUCAUGACUGGAGCUGAGGUCAAGUUCAACUACAUAAUUGGAUAUAUGUCCACGACUGUGUCAAAUCACAGAUCACAGAUGUGUUGGAGGGUUAACAUUCAGGAAGAGUGUAGACAACCAAAUGAAAUGGACACAGUUUUGCACAAUAUAAUGACUGUAUUGUGAGUGUAGUCCUCCCCCCCCCCCCCCCCCCCCCCCCCCCCCCCAACAGCAGUACUGUAGGGCAGGAAGAACAUAUGGACUGAUUAAGAGUAUGUGACAUCAAUGUAUGAUUUGUGUGACAGUCUAAGUUAACCUCUUAAGGAUCUGACCCUUUUUUUCAAUUUUCGCCUAAAAUGACAUACCCAAAUCUAACUGCCUGUAGCUCAGGACCUGAAGCAAGGAUAUGCAUAUUUUUAAACCAUUUGAAAGGAAACACUCUGAAGUUUGUGGAAAUGUUAAAUUAAUGCAGGAGAAUAUAACACAUUAGAUCUGGUAAAAGAUAAUACAAACAUGCGUUUUCUAUUCAUUUUUUUAUUCCAUCAUCUUUGAAAUGCAAGAGAAAGACCACAAUAUAAUAUUGCAGUUUAGGCGCAAUUUAGAUGUUGGCCACUAGAUGGCAGCAAUGUGUGUGCAAAGUUUCAGAUUGAUCCAGUGAAGCAUUGCAAUACUGGACUAUUUUGUAUCAUGUCUGCCAAAUGUGCCAAAUUGGUCAAUUGAUACAUUUUCAAGUACAUAACUAUAGAGAACAUACAAAAAUGAUAUGGUAAUACAAAAUGUAAGUUUACACACUCCCAGAAAUGUCAUACAUGAUGGAUCAUUAGCUUAUACACUAACUUUCACACAUCUAGAUGGCCGGGCGAGGUGGGUGUGGAGCCUGAGACAGCAGGGGUUCAAACUGUAGAACCCAGUUCCUACAUUUGAAUAUAAAAAUGGAUUUUAUCAAACAAAACUAUGCUACAUUUUAUAUCUGUGACCCUUAGGAUUACAAAUCAGAGCAAGAUUACUGAAUGUAAGUACAUUAUUUACCUUCAGAGGUGAAUGUAUCAAACCAGUUGCCGUGAUAAGUUUUUUGUUGUUGUGCACUCUCCUCAAAUCUGGUGCAACCAAUUACCUUCAGAAGUCACAUAAUUAGUUAAAUAAAGUCCACCUGUGUGCAAUCUAAGUGUCACAUGAUCUCAGUAGGUAUACACCUGUUCUGAAAGGCCCCAGAGUCUGCAACACCACUAAGCAAGGGGCACCACCAAGCAAGCAGCACCAUGAACACCAAGGAGUGGAAAAGUACAGAUCAGGGAUCAGGGUUGGGUUAUAAAACAAAUAUCUGAAACUUUGAACAUCCCACGGAGCACCAUUAAAUCUAUUAUUAAAAAAUGGAAAGAUAUGGCACCACAACAAACCUGCCAAGAGAGGACCGCCCACCAAAACUCACGGACCAGGCAAGGAGGGCAUUAAUCAGAGAGGCAACAAAGAGACCAAAGAUAACCCUGAAGGAGCUGCAAAGCUCCACAGCGGAGAUUGGAGUAUCUGUCCAUAGGACCACUUUAAGCCGUACACUCCACAGAGCUGGGCUUUACGGAAGAGUGGCCAGAAAAAAGCCAUUGCUUAAAGAAAAAAAUAAGCAAACACGUUUGGUGUUCACCAAAAGGCAUGUGGAAGACUCCCAAAACAUAUGGAAGAAGGGACUCUGGUCAGAUGAGACUAAAAUUGAGCUUUUUGGCCAUCAAGGAAAACACUAUGUCUGGCGCAAACCCAACACCUCUCAUCACCCCGAGAACACCGUCCCCACAGUGAAGCAUGGUGGUGGCAGAAUCAUGCUGUGGGGAUGUUUUUCAUCAGCAAGGACUGGGAAACUGGUCAGAAUUGAAGGAAUGAUCGAUGGCCCUGAAUACAGGGAAAUUCUUGAGGGAAACUUGUUUCAGUCUUCCAGAGAUUUGAGACUGGGACGGAGGUUCACCUUCCAGCAGGACAAUGACCCUAAGCAUUCUGCUAAAGCAACACUCGAGUGGUUUAAGGGGAAACAUUUAAAUGUCUUGGAAUGGCCUGGUCAAUCCAAUUGAGAAUCUGUGGUAUGACUUAAAGAUUGCUGUACACCAGCGGAACCCAUCCAACUUGAAGGAGCUGGAACAGUUUUGCCUUGAAGAAUGGGCAAAAAUCCCAGUGGCUAGAUGUGCCAAGCUUAUAGAGACAUACCCUAAGAGACUUGCAGCUGUAAUUGCUGCAAAAGGUUGCUCUACAAAGUAUUGACUUCGGGGGGGGGGGGUUCAAGUUUUCUUUUUUUGUUGUCUUAUUUCUUGUUUGUUUCACAAUAAAAAAAUAUUUUGCAUCUUCAAAGUGGUAGGCAUGUUGUGUAAAUCAAAUGAUACAAACCCCCCCAAAAUCCAUUUUAAUUCCAGGUUGUAAGGAAAGAAAAUAGGAAAAAUGCCAAGGGGGGUGAAUACUUUCGCAAGCCACUGUAUGUCCUGGAAAGUUUGCUGUUACUUACAACAGUCAUGGUAAUCACAUUAGCGCAUGUUAGCUCAAUGGUCCCGUAUACGGGACACCGAUCCCGUAGAGGUUAACGCAUCAGUUAUGUCAAGUUAGUAUUCAGCCCUGAGUGUACAAAUUUGGAUUAAAGCUAUAUUGUUUCUGAAGUAUCAGCAAAGGGGUUUAGGGUGGAGAGACAUACUUCUGAAUGGCCUCCAUCUGUAUAUGACAGGGUUUUGUUGACUCUCUCCUUUCCUUUGUUUUAAUAUGGUCAUAGCAUGGAAUUUUAGGUCCCCUGUAGGAAUCAAAUUAAUAUAUAAACUACAUGACCAAAAGUAUAUGGACACCUGCUCGUCGAACAUCUCAUUCCAAAAUCAUGGGCAUUAUUAUGGAGUGGUCCCCCCUUUGCUGCUAUAACAGCCUCAACUCUUCUGGGAAGGCUUUCCACUAGAUGCAGGCCAGUCAUGUUCUCCCACAUCGAUCUUGACAAACCAUUUCUGUAUGGACCUCUUUUUGUGCACGGGGGCACUGUCAUGCUGAAACAGGAAAGGGCCUUCUCCAAACUGUUGCCACAAAGUUGGAAGCACAGAUUCGCCUAGAAUGUCAUUAUAUGCUGUAGCGUUAAGAUUUCCCUUCACUGGAACUAAGGGGCCUAGCCUGAACCAUGAAAAACAGCCCCAGACCAUUAUUACUCAUCCACCAAACUUUACAGUUGGCACUAUGCAUUCGGGCAGGUAGCGUUCUCCUGGCAUCCGCCAAACCCAGAUUUGUCUGUGGACUGCCAGAUGGUGAAACGUGAUUCAUCACUCCAGAGAGCGCGUUUCCAUUGCUCCAGAGUCCACUGGCGGCAGGCUUUACACCACUCCAGUCGACACUUGGCAUUGCGCAUGGUGAUCUUUGGCCUGUGUGCGGCUGCCUGGCCAUCGAAACCCAUUUCAUGAAGCUCCCGAUGAACAGUUCUUGUGCUGAUGUUGCUUCCAGAGGCAGUUUGGAACUCGGUAGUGAGUGUUGCAACCGCAAUCGAGGACAGACGGUUUUUACGCGCUACGUGCUGCAGCACUCGGUGGUCCCGUUCUGUGAGCUUGUGAGGCCUACUACUUAAUGGCUAAGCCAUUGGUGCUCCUAGACAUUUCCACUUCACAAUAACAGGACUUACAGUUGACCGGGCAGCUCUAGCAAGGCAGAAAUUUGACGAACUGACUUGUUGGAAAGGUGGCAUCCUAUGACAGUGCCAUGUUGAAAGUCACUGAGCUCUUCAGUACGGCCCAUUCUACUGCCAAUGUUUGUCUAUGGAGAUUGCAUGGCUGUGUGCUUGAUUUUAUACACCUGUCAGCAACGGGUGUGGCUGAAAUAGCCAAAUCCACUUAUUUGAAGGCGUGUCCACCUACUUUUGGCCAUGUAGUGUAUAUAUGCAUUUUCUUUAUAAAAUAUUGAAUUUGGCCAUUACUACUACAGCCCAUAGAAACGCAUUGAAUAACACAUUCAUAUAUGGCAAAACAGACAGUCAAAAAAUGAUCAUAAGGAAGUGUCUGUCCUAUAUCUAGGAGAUAUAAGAAAGCUCAGGAAAUAUAUAUAUAUAUUUGGACACAUUUAACCCCUUUUUUUUUGUUGGCACAAAACUACUUUCAUACUUCCAUGAAUUGUUUAAACUGGUACCGGGUUACCUUCAGACUAGUGUUUUAGAAAUUUAGAAAUACCCAAAUGAGGGACAACAGGAUGAUUUUGCGGGAGAUUCAAGGGAUAGUGUAAACUUGUGAUGAGGUGGUGUUGAAGGAGUCAGGCGCAGGAGGGUAAUCACAGAAUAACAGGCUUUAAUCCGCAAAAUACAGGUUUACGCAGAAAUGCGUCAAACACACUCCAGGGCACAAAACAGGUGCACUGGAAAAUACAAGGCACACUGGAAAAUACUCUCGUCGAUACAAAAUACACAAGCUCCACCGAGCUUCACUAACCUCCACAAUAAACAAUCACCCACAAGGACAAGGGGGGCAGAGGGAACACAGACUAAUUAGGGGAUUAGAACCAGGUGUGUGUGAUUGACAAGACAAGACAAUUGUGAUGAUGAUUGGGGCGGCAGUGGUUAGUACUCCGGUGACGACGAACGCCGAAGCCUGCCCGAACAAGGAGGGGAGGCAGCCUCGGCCGAAGUCGUGACAAAACUAGACAUUAAUAUUUUUUCACACACAACAAUGUUCUUCCUGCUGCACCAAGCGAGCUAAUUGAAGCACACAUAGCCUACUCUGUAACGUCUUGAUCAAAAUAGUACGCAGCGUCAUCUGGAUAUGUGUGCAACAAAAGUUCAACAUUCACCUUCUGCUACCAUUUCUGUCAAGCCGUCUACGCGUACAGUUUGACGCACACGUUCGAUAAAUCCAACGUAUGCAUCACACAGAACGCACUGCCUCUGCAACUGCCUCUGCAACGCAAUGCUCUAAGGCGAACGCAGCGUUCCACUGGUGUACGAAAAUGCAAUGAUGCUGUCGGUGUGAUCGAGGCGUAACGCCUCAAUCACACCCACACCGACAGCGAUUUACAUUUUGGUACACCAGAAGUACAUUAAUUUCCAAUGGAAAGCUGCGUUUACCUUGCAGCAUUGCAUUGCAGAGGCAGUUGGGUGUGCGUUCUGUGUGGUGCAUAUGUUGGAUUUAUCGAACGUAUACAUCUCCUUCGCAUAGAAUUGAUCAAGCAAUUGAUUGUGGCCUGUGGAAUGUUGUCCCACUCCUCUUCAAUGGCUGUGCGAAGUUGCUGGAUAUUGGCGGGAACUGGAACACGCUGUCGUACAUGUGAAUCCAGAGCAUCCCAAACAUGCUCAAUGUGUGACAUGUCUGGUGAGUAUGCAGGCCAUGGAAGAACUGGGACAUUUUCAGCUUCAGCUUCCAGGAAUUGUGUACAGAUCCUUGUGUUCUUUGUCCGUAGCUUAUGCCUGCCCAUACCAUAACCUCACUGCCACCAUGGGGCACUCUGUUCACAAUGUUGACAUCAGCAAACUGGGCGCCAUACACGUUGUCUGCCAUCUGCUCGGUACAGUUGAAACCGGGAUUCAUCCGUGAAGAGCACACAUCUCCAGCGUGCCAGUGGCAAUCGAAGGUGAGCAUUUGCUCACUGAAGUUGGUUACGACGCUGAACUGCAGUCAGGUCUAGACCCUGGUGAGGAUGACGAGCAUGCAGAUAAGCUUCCCUGAGACGGUUUCUGACAGUUUGUGCAGAAAGUCUUCUGUUGUGCAAACCCACAGUUUCAUCAGCUGUCCGGGUGGCUGGUCUCAGACGAUCCUGCAGGUGAAGAAGACGGAUGUGGAGGUCCUGGGCUGGCGUUGUUACACGUGGUCUGCGGUUGUGAGGCCGGUUGGACGUACUGCCAAAUUCUCUGGCAACAGCUCUGGUGGACAUUCCUGCAAUCAGCAUGCCAAUUGCACGCUCCCUCAAAACUUGAGACAUCUGUGGCAUUGUGUUGUGUGACAAAACUGCACAUUUUAGAGUGGCCUUUUAUUGUCCCCAUCACAAGGUGCAUCUGUAUAAUGAUCAUGCUGUUUAAUCAGCUUAUUGAUAUGCCACAACUGUCAGGUGGAUGGAUUAUCUUGGCAACAGAGAAAUGCUCACUAACAAGGAUGUAAACAAAUUUGUGCACAACAUUUGAGAGAAAUAAGCUUUUUGUGCAUAUAUAACAUUUCUGGGAUCUUUUAUUUCAGCUCUUGAGACAUGGGACUAACACUUUACAUGUUGCAUUUAUAUUUUUGUUCAGUGUAGAUAAGCUAUUUCAAGUAUUUUGCUCUAUGUGAUCCGAACUGAAGCGCAGUUUAACGGUAGAACAGAUGGUUCACCUUUUCCAUUGACGUUUUUAGGCUAUGUCUGAAUACUGUAAUGUCAAAUUUCUGGAGUAGACAAUAUUUCAUUUAUGAAUAUAAUGCAUAAUACAUACAGUAUAUCAUAACCAUUGCAAAAUAAAUUCCUCACCUUUCUGGACGUGAGUUCCUAUCCCCGAACUAGCCAUACAACAAAUUGCCAUUAAACUCUCAUUUAAUUGGGCCUACAGGUAUUAGAUGGGCCAUUAGCCUAUAAUUUCUCUAUGCAUACAGUAGAAUUUAACAGGUGAACAGACAGUUGAUGGACAAUUGAUGUUUUGUAUUGAAAUGUGUAGGCUACCACUGUAAGUAGGCCUACUGAGGUGGUGACCCAGAGACUGACAGACUGAUGUAGAGAGGUGGUGACCCAGAGACUGGCAGACUGAUGUAGAGAGGUGGUGACCCAGAGACUAACAGACUGAUGUAGAGAGGUGGUGACCCAGAGACUGACAGGCUGAUGUAGAGAGGUGGUGACCCAGAGACUGGCAGACUGAUGUAGAGAGGUGGUGACCCAGAGACUGGCAGACUGAUGUAGAGAGGUGGUGACCCAGACACUGACAGACUGAUGUAGAGAGGUGUUGACCCAGAGACUGGCAGACUGAUGUAGAGAGGUGUUGACCCAGAGACUGGCAGACUGAUGUAGAGAGGUGGUGACCCAGAGACUGGCAGACUGAUUUAGAGAGGUGGUGACCCAGAGACUGGCAGACUGAUGUAGAGAGGUGGUGACCCAGAGACUGGCAGACUGAUGUAGAGAGGUGGUGACCCAAAGACUGGCAGACUGAUGUAGAGAGGUGGUGACCCAGAGACUGGCAGACUGAUGUAGAGAGGUGGUGACCCAGAGACUGGCAGACUGAUGUAGAGAGGUGGUGACCCAGAGACUGGCAGACUGAUGUAGAGAGGUGGUGACCCAGAGACUGGCAGACUGAUGUAGAGAGGUGGUGACCCAGAGACUGGCAGACUGAUGUAGAGAGGUGGUGACCCAGAGACUGGCAGACUGAUGUAGAGAGGUGGUGACCCAGAGACUGGCAGACUGAUGUAGAGAGGUGGUGACCCAGAGACUGGCAGACUGAUGUAGAGAGGUGGUGACCCAGAGACUGGCAGACUGAUGUAGAGAGGUGGUGACCCAGAGACUGGCAGACUGAUGUAGAGAGGUGGUGACCCAGAGACUGGCAGACUGAUGUAGAGAGGUGUUGACCCCAGAGACUGGCAGACUGAUGUAGAGAGGUGGUGACCCAGAGACUGGCAGACUGAUGUAGAGAGGUGGUGACCCAGAGACUGGCAAACUGAUGUAGAGAGGUGGUGACCCAGAGACUGGCAGUGUGAAUUCAAACUUUAUUGUCUGCUCGACUGCACAGAAAUUGAUUGUAUAGGAACCAUGAGAACUAGAUUAGACACAGUGCCAGGCCCAGUGGCCUAUAAUCGAAUAGCUUUAGGUCAAAGGUAGUCCCGUGUAGCUCAGUUGGUAGAGCAUGGCGUUUGCAACGCCAGGGUUGUGGGUUCGAUUCCCACGGGGGGCCAGUAUGAAGAAGAAAAAAUGUAUGCACUCACUAACUGUAGGUCGCUCUGGAUAAGAGCGUCUGCUAAAUGACUAAAAUGUAAAUACUGUAGUUUUCAUUUUUUUCAGUAUAGACAAUGUUUCAGAAUUCACGGGCAGUGCAGCAUAUUUAGGUUCGGGAAAAAGUAAAUGGGAAUAAGUAAAUGGGAAAAAGUAAAUGGGAAACGUUAUUGAAAUCAAACUAUCUGUUUACAGGUCUACAACAAUUUGCAAUUGUUUUUGUCUUUCAGAAAUGGUCAGAUAGACUACACUCCAAAUAUCACUGCAAAAGAAAACAUUCUCCACAAACAUUUGAUAAAGUUUGCCAUUGCUAUUUCCUUUAGAUACUGUCUUGGCCUAAUUUCAAUACUUCCAAAGUAUACAGCAAAUAAGGACAUUAUUGUCAUCAUAAAAGGUGAAUGAUGGGCGUUUUCAGGCAGAGUUAUAAUGCUCGUUCACACGCGCACAGUUUUACGACAGGUCUGAUUGAUAAUGGAAAAAUGCGUCGGCUAUGUAUGGUGUGCGGCAAGUUUAUCAAUCUCAAUAUUUUUGUGCAUGGGCAGUCUUUUCAGAAAUGGUGCACGCAGAUAUCUAGUAUAAAAUGUACGCAACGGUUAUAAAUGAGGCCCCUGGUCUGACAAACAAUGUUGUAGCUCUCUCACUUUCCACAGCAGAUGAGGAAGGCAAACAGGCAGAUGUGGUGGAUUGAGACGCAGCCCAUACAAAAAAACAGAUAUCUCUAGCUUAAACAGACAGAUUUUGAUGGGGAUUUUUUAUUAUGUUAAUUAAUUUGACUCUUAAGGAUCCAUUAAACCUAAUGUGUGCCAAUGGCAGCUGUCGCAGCUUUGUGGCUGUGAGAAACAAGAUGAGGAGCGCAUGACACUGAGUAAUCCACAGCACUCUGACAAACCUUAAUAUAAACAUGAAUUUAAGAUGCCACCCAAGGCAGGGACGGUGUGAGAAACAGAGGUUCAGCAAGAGCAUUUUCUCUUCAACUGAGUGCCCAGAAGUGAACUGUUCAGUGCCGUAAGGGUUUCCCAUAAAAAUGAUUUUGAGUUUACAGGUCCAGUCCAGCUCUUUCAUCUGACUCACCAAUGAUAUAGCAUCUCCCUUCCCUCCAUUCAUAGUAUUAUGAUCUCUUUAACUGGUGUGUUUCCCUCUGACUCACUGGCUAAAUAUUAGAUGGUUUAUUGGCUGGGAUGAAACCUACCUGUUACUCCCCAGUGUCCACUAAUAGUGUACACUGUUACAGUAAUGGUUAUUUGAUUAAUCAUUAUAGAAAACGUGUACACCAUUUAUUGAUGAAUGGUUCUAAUUGUUUAAAAGGGAUAUUUUAUGUUGCUCUCCCUCAACUGUACUCUCCUCUCACCCAUUGUUAUUGUCCUCCCUCCCUCUCUCUCUGUUUCUCCCUCUCCUGUCUUCUGAAGUCUCAGAACAGUUAUGAUGAGGAGGACUAUGAGGGUUCCUAG